GCCCUGUCGCUCAGCAGCUCCCUGGACAGCGGGCUCCGAACUCCCCAGUGCAGAAUCUGCUUCCAGGGACCGGAGCAGGGGGAGCUCCUGAGCCCCUGCCGCUGUGACGGCUCAGUGCGGUGCACACACCAGCCCUGCCUCAUCCGCUGGAUCAGCGAGAGGGGCUCCUGGAGCUGUGAGCUCUGCUACUUCAAGUACCAGGUCCUGGCGAUCAGCACCAAGAACCCCCUGCAGUGGCAGGCCAUCUCUCUGACGGUCAUUGAGAAGGUCCAGAUUGCAGCCAUAGUCCUGGGCUCUCUGUUCCUCGUUGCCAGCAUCUCCUGGCUCAUCUGGUCUUCACUCAGCCCUUCAGCCAAGUGGCAACGGCAAGAUCUGCUCUUUCAGAUCUGCUACGGCAUGUACGGCUUCAUGGAUGUCGUCUGCAUAGGCCUGAUCGUCCACGAAGGCUCCUCUGUCUACCGUAUCUUCAAGCGUUGGCAGGCAGUGAACCAGCAGUGGAAGGUCCUGAAUUAUGACAAAACCAAGGACAUAGGAGGAGAUGCAGGGGGAGGGACGGCAGGGAAGCCGGGCCCCAGGACCUCACGGACGGGCCCCCCCUCUGGGGCCACCAGCCGCCCCCCGGCUGCCCAGCGCAUGCGGACGCUCUUGCCUCAGCGCUGUGGUUACACAAUCCUGCAUCUCCUUGGACAGCUGCGGCCACCAGAUGCCCGUUCCAGUUCCCAUUCUGGCCGCGAGGUUGUCAUGAGGGUCACUACGGUCUGAAGUGAACUCCAGGAGCAGGGAUCUUGAGUCAGUGCAUCGGCCAGGGAUACGCUGUCAUGGCUGCUGGAGGUACCACCUGGACAAGGUGUUUUGGGCUCACAGCCCUCACUGCUGAGGAUCUCUGUGGGCAGCCUCAAGCUGGAGACAUUGGCCUCUACUGCCCACUGGGUAGAGACACCUGGAUGAAAUUCCAGCCCCCACUGACAGCUCCUCACACUCAUCCUGGGGCAGCCAGUGGGCUGUGGGGAGAGCAUCUUUUCUUCCCGUGAGAACCGUCCUUACCUCAGCUCCUAGGGCCUCCAGGCCCCCAGCUCCACCACGGUGACUUGGUGAAGGGGGACCAAUGCCAGAAGAAAGGGGCUGUAGACCCCCCAUCCCCCACUCUAUGGCCACAGGGCAGCUGGCAAUAAGACUAAUAUACAUUGACCUCCCGUUCCCUGCAUGAGGGCGGGGGUACUUCCCCCUGCUCCGCCCCCCAUUGCAUUGGGGGAGGGCAUAAAGAAUCAUUUAUAUGCACAUGGAGACUCCUUUCUCAUCUGGGGCUUUGCUGUAGGGUUGGGAGGUGUGGGGAGGUUUCUCUGCAGAGUUUGCAAAUCCCAAAUGCAGCAGUGGGUUCUGAGUUGGAGGUGUAACUCACACUUGGUGGUGAAUAAUUCACAUUGGCUGCUAGGUGGCAGUGCUCAGAGAUAUCUGAGGGGUGGACCUGACACCUGCGUGUUGUGUGAUUUAGAAACAAAUCUCUCCACCGUGGUUUUCCUGUCUACCUCAUAGGGUUGGAUUGAGGAUAAAUGAGGGACAGGUUGAAUGCCAUUGCAAAGAAAACCAGUGAUGGCAUAAAAAAGAUUUCUAUACUAGUUGAUGGUCCAUUUAUUUCAAAUAGCUGGUUAACAAAUUCCAAAAUGUGUUUUUCAUUUGGAGUUGCACAGAGUCUUGGAAAUUUGUGUUGAGUGUCAUAAUAGAUAUGGAAAAUAUGAAGGGAAAUAGACAUUGCAAAUGUGAAGGAGAGUGGUUAUUUGCAAGAAUGAGAGCUCCUCCAGCCCCCUAAACUUUUGGGGCUGGGGAAAGCUGGAGCUACCUUUCUUGCUCUGGGGAUCUUGUGGAUUCUCUUAAUCCCUACUAGGUAACGUGUUCUGGAGUAGUGAUAUGAAGUGAAUUUGGACUUAUUUAGAAUGAGACAGACAGAAUCUCCCAGGGUUAUGAGACUCCAACUCCAGUUUAAGCUACUCCUAUGGCAGUUCAGGGUCACAGGUCUGAUCCUGGUGUGACCAAGCUAGGGAUAUUAACUGGAAAAUAUUGUCCUUGGAGGCAACAGCAUUUAGAGCUGUUGUUUAUAGAGAAAAGGUUUGAGAAGGACUGGUUAAAAUGUCAGCCUAAAACCUGGUGCCUUUCUCCUGAGGCCUUGGGGCUAUGUAUUAUAUGAAUGAUGGCGUCUUUUACGUGAACUAUUCAUUAGUAAUUAAAAUUAUUACUUCAUAACAUUGCUAAAAUCA